AAAAAUUAAAUAAAACACUACUAUUAAAUAAAAUUAUUGCACAACAAUUUCUUGAAAUUACUUAACACUUUCACUAUAAAUUAAAAUAGUAUCCAUUAGUCGAAACAGAGAAUAUAUAUUAUUUUGUUUUUCAAAAUAGCAGCCAACCGGAAGUUAAUAAUGACGUAUUUCCUCGAGGCGUUCUCUAUUUCGAACCGGCCUUUUGGUUUUGGAAGUUGUGUUAGCGGAGUAAAUGUUUAAAAGAUAAUCAGUAGAGAUUUUGCAAUUUUAGUAUUUAACCAUGUUUUACUAUCUGUUUGAUUUUUGUCUUGUAUAAUUAUUGUUUUAGAGUUACAGUAUUUUUUUCAUUAAAAUUUCUCUACCUUUCAUAAAUCAAUUAUUGACGUUUAGGUAGCCGGCUAGUCUUGUUCUCGAAAGGUGUGGGAGACUAUGUACGGUGACCGGGAGAGGCGAGGUGGUUUCCGAGAUGACCGCAGGGGCGGUGGUGGAGGCUUCCGUGGUGUUGCCAGAGGCGACGGGGGUUUCCGGGGUAUGGGCUUUAGGGGCGGUCGAGGUGGCGGGGGCAUGGGGCGGUCUGCUGGUUCUCAACUGCGCAAGCCCCACUGGGACCUAGAGACGUUGCAGCCCUUUGCCAAGAACUUCUAUGUUCCACAUCAAAAUGUCAUGAACAGGUCAUAUGAUGAGGUGAUGGAGUAUCGAGCCAGCCAGGAAGUCACUGUCAAAGGCGAUGACAUUCCAAGUCCUAUCCAGUACUUUGAAGAAGGAAACUUUCCUGGUUAUGUUCUUGAUGGAAUCAGGAAGCAGGGAUUCUCGACGCCCACUGCCAUCCAGGCCCAAGGCUGGCCUAUCGCACUCAGCGGCAAAGACAUGGUCGGCAUUGCUCGGACAGGAUCUGGCAAGACUCUCGCUUAUGUGCUGCCUGCCAUCGUCCACAUCAACCACCAACAACCACUGUUCCGGGGCGACGGCCCCAUCGCCCUCAUCCUGGCGCCCACACGCGAGCUAGCGCAGCAGAUCCAGCAGGUGGCCACGGACUUCGGUACCUCCUCUGCCGUCAGGAACACCUGCGUCUUCGGGGGUGCUCCCAAGGGCCCGCAGGCACGGGACCUGGAGAGGGGAGUGGAGAUCUGCAUCGCCACGCCGGGCCGCCUGAUAGACUUCCUGGAGCGGAGCACCACCAACCUGCGUCGCUGCACCUACCUGGUGCUGGACGAGGCCGACCGCAUGCUGGACAUGGGCUUCGAGCCUCAGAUACGCAAGAUCAUAGAGCAGAUCAGGCCGGACCGCCAGGUGCUGAUGUGGUCUGCUACAUGGCCCAAGGAGGUACAGACGCUCGCCGAGGACUUUCUCUGCGACUACGUGCAGCUCAACAUCGGCUCACUGACGCUGGCGGCCAACCACAACAUCAUGCAAAUAGUCGACGUGUGCCAGGAGCACGAAAAGGACCAGAAGCUGCACCGGCUGCUGCGAGAGAUUGGCUCUGAGAAGGAGAACAAGACCAUCAUUUUUGUAGAGACGAAGCGCAAAGUUGAUGAGAUAACAAGAAACAUUGUCCGUGACGGAUGGUCUGCAGUGAGUAUUCAUGGUGACAAAUCUCAGCAAGAACGUGACCAAGUUUUACAAGAGUUCCGGUGUGGCAGAGCUCCCAUCCUGGUGGCAACAGAUGUGGCAGCUCGGGGCUUGGAUGUGGAGGACGUAAAGUUCGUGAUCAACUUUGAUUACCCGUCAUCGUCGGAGGACUACAUCCACCGCAUUGGGCGCACGGGACGCUCACAACAGACGGGCACGGCGUACGCCUUCUUCACCCCCCAUAACAUGAAGCAUGCCGACCAACUGAUCUCGGUGCUGCAGGAGGCCAACCAGAUGGUCAACCCCAAGCUGAGCGAGAUGGCAGAACAGGCCAAGUACGGCGGCUACGGGGGCAAAGGAGGGAGAGGGGGGCGAGCCAAUCACCAAGAGGACGAUGGCACGACCCUGCCCACCGCGUUUGGCUACGGUGGAGGCAGGAGCCGCUACAACAGCAAGCCUGCCCGGAACUACGAUGCGGAUGGCGUGAACGGCUGCUACGCAGCCGGUGGAAGCCAGGGGCAGCUCACGCCUGUUGGCCAGGUAGCCCCGCCCCCUCCCACAACCAACUACUUUGCACAGCAGCUGCCGGCCAUGCGCUUCAACACCCCUCCGCCAUUUGGCAAGUACACCCAACCUCCGGGCAGCGUGCGAGGAGGUUUCUGUUUCAAUCACGGCCCACCCAAGAUGUAGGCGUGUUCAGUGUUUCUUUUCAGUUCCUUUAUACAGUAUUAUUUUCUUUAGCAUGUCAUUAGUGUUUUUCUCUGUAUACUUUGUAAUGUGAUUUAAAAAUGGAACUUGACAAGCAAGCUUACUUUUUUUUUUUAUUAUUCUAGUAAAUGUGUUUACAUUCCAAAUUAAUGAACUGAAUUGGCCAUUACAGUACCUUAAUCCUAAUUUUUUUCUGUAACUUGACCUAAUUUGUAAUAAAUAUGUUGCAUCAUCCAGAUCCAAGUUCAGAAUGAUUCAUAAAAGGACUCUAGUAGAUAUUUGGCAGUACAAAUUAAAUAUCAUUAAGGGUCAACAAAAUUUCUAAAUAUUCAGUUAUUUUCUUGUUAAAAUACUGUCCAAGCCUACCUAUUGCAACAGUUUAUUGUUAAUUGGCAUAUAUGUAUGUAUAUUGUGUGAUCAUAAUAAAUAGGUACAUAAUGCCAUAAUUUCACAUAAUUUAAAUAUUAUUCAUUGCUAUAGCAAAAUUUGGUAUAUACUAGCUUGAAACUUCUGCUAUAGACCAGUUCCAGUGUAAUGAAUGUUACACGCAAUGGUAAAUAUUAAACUUCUGGGGGUGAGUGGGGUGAAGCACCUACCAAUCACCUGCAUUUUUCAGCUCUAGGGACACUUGUUUCAUAUUUCAUUCAUCUCAAGUCGAUUGUUUAUUUUCCUUCACAUUACUGAGGAUGUCUUGAUAUAAUAAGUUAGAGGAAUUUCUUUGCAGAGUUUUGUACUGUUGAACAUUGAGCAGUCCCUAACAAAUUUACGAAUGUAGAAUGUUUUGAAAUAUUUAUAAAACAGACUGACUAUGCACUGACUUAAUAUUCUUAGCAAUUCUUGUGUGCUAAAUUUGAUGUUCAUUUUGAUCAUGUGUUUUUUUCUUUUCAUAUUUCUUCUAAAUUGACCACGAGAAAAAUUUUUGUAAAUCAGAAACUUAUAAGAAUUAUUUAUCUUGUAGUCCCUAACGAGUAAAGAUUUGAUUUAAAAAAAGCUGUGAAAUACUUCUGUGAUACGUUUUAUUCUGUAAUUUUGUUUUAGUUUGUAUUACAAAAAAGACUGGAUCUUAGUUCACAAAGCAGUAUGAUGAAGUGAGGUUAUUUUGUAAGUGCAUUGAGUGUGCAGUCAUAAUUGGAUUUUAAAUACUGUGUGAACCUGUGUGAGGGAAGUAUUUGUAAAGUGACCUGGAUUUUAACUGGGAAUAUAUUUGUUUUUCUGUAUGGACAAAAUAGUUCCUGCACAAGUUUACAUCUGUGAUCUUAGCAUUAUGGUAUUGGCUGUGAGAGUUGGAUGGUUACAGCGUGGACAAAAGUUGCUGAAAAUAUUUUCAUUCGUUAUCUUCACAAUUUCCAUUAGUAUACACAGUACGGGUGAAUGCAGCAGAACCUUGCAUAUAUUGUUUGGGUGUGCAGAAAUUUUAGGAAUAUGUAUGUAAAAUUUUGUAGCCUGUAUCCAAAAAUCUUUUACAAGGCAAAGUACUAGAUAUCUAAGAUUGAGCAGCAUUGUGUCAAAAUAUCUUUGUGAUUAUUAAAACUAUCGAAGGAAAAAAUAGCAUUGUAAAGACAAUGUUGAUGAAAGUUAGUAUAUCGUAGGUUGUUAGUUGUUAUAUUAUGUGUAUUUGGUUUAAAUCUGCUCAUAUAAUUAUUUCAUUCCUGUAAAUUGUGUUUUUUGUUAUGUUUAACACCAACUGCAUAAACAUGUUAGUUAUUUAGUCCAAUAAUCUAGUCCAGAAGAAGUUUUUGUGUGGUUUCUAUCACUUAAAUAUUUUGUUAUCACAUACACACCCUCAAAGGGCAGUGAAAUUUUUUUUCUGUUGGAUUGAUAAAUAAACAUGCAGUAUUUUUA